AAUACUAUGAAAGCCACUGCUACCGGCAAAAGCCCCAGUCAGCAGAAUUCUAUAAGCUGGUCGUAUUUUAGUCGAGGUAGUGUUGCUCGGAACCAGACGAACAAGAAACAAAAAAAACUUGUUUUUAUACCUAAGAUUAAAGCUUGUAAAUUUAUUAAAGAUUCAUUUACAAAAAUUUCAGGCAUAUUGUACCCUCCCAAAAAAAAAAUAGCAGAAAUAGUACUGAAUAAAACAAUAGAACUGUAUUCACCUAAAAAAAAAAAAACAAAAAGGGUAGCAGAAUGCUCUGUGAAAAAACCGGCUACUAGUUCGGACUCAGCUUCUUGUAAAUCAAAAGGUGUUCUUGAAGUUUCCGCAAGUACAGAAAUGAAAAAGUAAAUAAAAACCGGUAAUAAGGGAACAAGAUAUCAUAUGGCUUCUUGGUUUUCAACUGUGGCAGUAAAAUUUAAUGAACCUGACAAUAUAAUUACAACAAAAAUGGCAGAGGAUAGUAUUAAUU